CCCGAACUCAAUACACUUCUUUUUCCAAGAUGGCGUCGAUGAAGGACAGCGACACCGGUCUGUGGCUCCAUAAUAAACUAGGAUCAACAGACGAGCUUUGGGCGCCUUCUAGUAUUGCUUCACUCCUCACCGUUUCAGUUAUCGACAAUAUACGGUUGUGUUUUUCGAGUUUGUCGCCUCCAGUUAAGCUAAAACUCUUGCUAGGGAUGCUGCAUCUUCCCAGGCGGACUGUUGACGAGAUGAAGGAGGCCCUGUCCGAGAUCAUCCAGCUGGCCACGGUGGACUCUGAGCCCUGGGUACUGAUGGUGGCAGACAUCCUAAAGUCCUUCCCUGAGACGGGCUCCCUCAACCUGGACCUGGAGGAGCAGAACCCCAAUGUACAGGACAUCCUGGGGGAGCUCCGGGAGAAAGUGAGUGAGUGUGAGGCGUCAGCCAUGCUCCCUCUGGAGUGCCAGUACCUGAACAAGAGCGCCCUGACCACGCUGGUGGGCCCACUCACUCCCCCCGUCAAACACUUCCAGCUGAAGAGGAAGCCCAAGAGUGCCACGCUCAGGGCAGAGCUGCUGCAGAAAUCCACAGAGACUGCUCAACAGCUGAAGAAGACAGCGGGAGUGCCUUUCCACGCUAAAGGAAGAGGCCUGGUCAAGAAGAUGGACACCACCACACCCCUGAAGGGGAUCCCCAAAGCCCCGUUCCGCAGCCCCACCACCCCCAGCAUGUUCAGCCCCCCCAGCAACCGCACACCCAUCGCCCCAGCACGGACACCCCUGCGCAAGGAGAGGGGGGUCAAGUUGUUAGACAUCUCAGAGCUGGAUAUGGUGGGAGCUGGUAGAGAGGCAAAGAGGAGAAGAAAGACUUUGGAAACAGAGGCUGGGGAGAAGGCUGCUAAAGAGGAGGCUGUGGUGGAGAACGCUACACCAGACUAUGCUGCUGGACUGGUAUCUACACAGAAACUGGGUGCGUUGAACAACGAGAGUGCUCUGCCGUCUACGAGCUACCUGCCGUCUACCCCCAGUAUGGUCCCCUCCUCCUCCUACAUUCCCAGUUCAGAGACACAGCCAGCGAACGCAGGUGGUUUGGGACGUGAUGCCCUGCAGUCGGGUCGCCAGCCUGAGGAGUCAGCCACGCCCGUCGCUGCCGCCACCACCACCACCCUCCCGGGCCAGUUCAAACAGAGGACGCCCAUGUAUAACGCCAGCAACACUGCCACCAGCCCCACCGCCCCCGCCUCGCCCAGCACGCCAGCCAGCACCCCUGCCAGCAGCAACGGCCCCCCGGCCGCCGCCACCGCCACGCAGCCCGAGACCCCCACCACACAGCCCCCAACGCCCACGCCCCAGCAGCCCCAGCCCAAGAAGAACCUCUCGCUCACGAGAGACCAGAUGUAUGCUGCUCAAGAAAUGUUCAAGACGGCCAACAAGGUUACCAGACCAGAGAAAGCACUCAUCCUGGGCUUCAUGGCUGGAUCCAGAGAGAACCCGUGUCCGGAGCAGGGGGACAUUAUCCAGAUAAAGCUGAGUGAACACACAGAGAUCCUGCCCAAGGCAGAUGGCACGGGCAGCACCACCAUGCUGGUGGACACAGUGUUUGAGAUGAACUACUCCACAGGACAGUGGACCCGCCUCAAGAAGUACAAACCAAUCACCAAUGCCUCCUGAGGUGGCUGCUGGCCUGCCUGACGGGACUAAACAUACAUGCAUACAUGCAUGCAUCAACACACAGACCAAAUCCUCCUCUGGUAGACAGGGACUUGUCUCACACACACACACACUUGUGCAUACACAUGGGCCAAAUUCAGUGCGUGAGGGGCUAGGGAGGAUUGCGUGGGAGGGAUAGGGGGUACAGGUUAAGGGGGGUAUGGCUCACUCUUUCAAAGUUCCUGCAUUGACAGGCAGGGGUAUCCUCAAGACUUUUCCCCCAUUGGUUUGUUUCUCUGUUUUGUUUAUAUGUCCCCUGAGAUUCAUGAAUGUUUGUUAAGGGGAGGGGUACAAAGUUGUACCUUAUUUUGAUAAGACAACUGUUAACACUUGCUUUACUAUUAAAGGUACAAGCAUGCCACAUUA